CCUCGUAAUUUCCUACCAAUCCAAUCAUAUCGGCCAUCAUUUCCCCCAACCACGACCAUGGCGCAGGCCCCUUCUGAAUCCAGCAAGAGCGACACCAAAUCUUUGGCUGAUGAAAGUCCACCCAGAAGCUCCAGCGAUCUCGUAUCCACGCUUCCUCGGCGAGGAGGGUGGGCGAAGCCGCUCGUCCUGUAUCGGAAUUACUGGCUGAACCCUGAGAGGCUCAAGCAUAUCAUCCCCGUCAAAGAGCGCUUCAAGCCUCACCGCGACGACAUCAUCCUCGCCACCUACCCCAAGUGCGGAACCACCUGGCUGAAAGCGCUCGCCUUCACCGUCACGACCCGCGGCCGUCACGCGCUCGCCGCCGGCCACCCUCUGCUCACUGGCCGGCACCCUCAGGAGGUGGUGGCGCACCUUGAGGUGCCCACUCCGGCGGGAGACCUGGCUGGCAUCGACAAGAUGCCCUCCCCGCGGCUCCUCGCGACCCACCUGCCCCUCUCCCUGCUCCCGCCGGCCGUGGCCGCCUCCGGCUGCCGCGUCGUGUACCUGUGCCGGCAGCCCAAGGACGCGUUCGUCUCGUGGUGGUACUUUGCGAACCAGAUGCACAAGGGGCCCUCUCCCAUAAAAUUCGACGAAGCGCUGAGCAUGUUCUGCGAGGGAUUCUCGCCUUUCGGGCCCUUCUGGGAGCACUACCUCGAGUACUGGAAGGAGAGGUUGGCGAGGCCUGAGCAGGUCCUUUUCCUCAGGUAUGAAGAGAUUGCGUCGGACCCGGUGGAGGUUGUGAGGACGCUUGCCGGCUUCUUCGCCGUCCCGUUCACCCAAGAGGAAGAGAGGAGAGGCGUCCCAGAGGAGGUGGUGAGGCUGUGCAGCUUCGACAUGCUCAGUGGCUUGGAGCACAACCAGGCUGGAGAUGUCGCUCGUGGAGACAGCAUAGUCGUUGGGAAGUCGAUGUUCUUCAGGAAAGGCAAGGUGGGAGACUGGGAGAACCACAUGAGCAAAGAGAUGGCUAAGAAGUUAGAUGAUGUUAUAGAAGACAAGUUCAAGGGAUCUGGUCUUGUAUUUUGAUCCAUCCCUUUAUGGCUUUAUUUGGUUAUAUAAGUUGUGUGAUGUUAUCUGUCUAGAAAUAAGUUGUCUGGGUUCUAUCUGCUCAAAAUAAAUUGGCAGAAAUUUUUAUCCACGUUUAUCAUGUGUACCUGUGGUCUUCAUUUGGGUGUCACCAAAUGAAAUAAAUUGAAAUAAUGUAGAAUCAGCAUGGAUAUAAUGUUCUUUUAUGAUGCAUA